CUUUGAAAUAUCGUCUCACGCUUCUGUUCAGAUAAUGACCCCCCGCUUAAUUGUACUACAUCCUUUAUUGAACCAGUUUCGCUAGUUUUUAUGUUUCUAACAAACACUGUUGUUUCAGAAACUUGUUUUUAUAUUUCGCAGUCCUGUUGUAUCCUAUCAAAGAGACGUUUUAGGCUUGUUUGUAGAAGAAACUUGUCGGUUUCGAAGUUUCUUGCUUGUAGUUUCAACCAAAGUCUACUUUUGAGGAAAGGUUUAGAAUUGGAUGCUUUUUCUCUUUCUCCUCGUAGGUCUUUCUGUUCUUUAAAUGCUUCACUAGACGGUGUUACAGAAUCAACAGACGAGACCAAGUUUGGUUUUAUUGCUCUUUUAGGCAGGACAAACUCAGGGAAGUCGACACUUUUGAACGCUCUAGUUGAAACGAAAGUAGCUAUUGUUACUCCGAAGGUGCAGACCACUCGAACCAAAGUAGUUGGAAUCCUUACUCAGGGUAAUUCGCAACUUGCUUUCAUGGACACUCCAGGAAUGUUUACUCCAAAGAAGCGUUUAGAGCGAGCUAUGAUUGAGGUUGCUAGGAAAGCUCAAUAUGAAGCAGAUUUGAUUGUUCUUGUGGUGGAUGUUAGCAAAGCUCUACGUUCUGGAGACGAUACUUUGGAUGAAACGACGUUAGAAAUAGCGAAAUUAUGUAGUCAUCGAAAAACAAGUUCAGAAUUAUUUCUUUGUUUGAACAAAGUGGAUCUCGUUUCAGUUCCUCAGUUAAAGCGUGUGGAAACUGUUGUUGUGACAAGUUUCAAUUUGUCGUUUCGUGAAAUUUUCAAAGUAUCGGCACUUCAUGGUCAAGGUGUUCGUGAAAUGAGGGAUGCAUUGAUACCAUUUCUACCUCAAGGUCCUUGGCUAUUUGAUCCAGACGAUAUGACCAGCAUGUCCAUGAGAUCUUACGCAGCAGAAAUUACUCGAGAGAAACUUAUCUUGAAAUUGAAGCAAGAAAUUCCAUAUGCUAUAGCUGUAGAAACGGUGGAUUGGAAAGACUACUCAGAUGGCUCGAUCAGAAUUUUGCAGCACAUAUUUGUAGAGCGCGAAAGCCAAAAAGUUAUUAUAAUAGGCCGUCGUGGUCAAAAUUUGAAACAACUGGGAAUAGAAACUCGACAAGAACUUGCUCAAAUUUUUGGAAAACCUGUACAUUUAUUUCUUCAAGUGAAAAUUCGUAAGGAUUGGAGUGAGGAUGUCGAGUACUAUAAAAAUUGGGGUUUGAAGUAUCGAGUAUGAGAGAAGAGUUCAGUCACUCGUGGAAUGAGUUGGGAAAUAUAUAAACGUGUUUUUUAAGAGCUGUUGUGUGUGUCCUGAAAAGGUAAGAAACUAUAGCGAAAUUUUCAUGGGAGACAAUCAAUCAAACCGAAAAGUCACUCUUGUCGUAAAGACCUCGUGGGUAGUAGUCUCAUAAAAAGAAAAUUUUAUACGCUUCA